CGCAACCUGGCCAUGCGGUUAGAAGAUCGAUGGCUGCUGGAGGAUUUAAUGCUCAGUUUGUAGAUCAAUUAUCGGAUAGACACACAUGUCCGGUAUGUCUUUUGGCAUUGAGAGAACCAACCAUCACCAAAUGUGGCCAUUUGUUUUGUAACGACUGUGUGAGGCCCUUGGCAAGCUGUGGCCGCAUUGUGUGUCCUGUGUGUAGAGAGGAACAGAAGGAAUCAGAAAUCUUUCCAAACAACUAUGAUAAAAGAGAAAUAAUGAGUCUGAAGAUCUACUGUGAUCAACAAGAGAAGGGAUGUGGAUGGAAAGGAGAACUAGGGGAGAGAGAAACACACAACGAGACUUGCGGGUAUGUUGAUGUUCUAUGCAAAAAUGAAUGUGGAAUAAUGGUGAUGAAAAAAGAUAUGGAAAGUCAUAUGAAGGAAACGUGCGUGAACAGGAAAGUUGAAUGUGUCUACUGUAAGACCACAGUGACAUUCAAAUUUCUGAAUGAUCACCAUACAAAAUGUGAGAUGUUUCCAGUUGCAUGUGAAUAUUGUAAAGAACAAGUGGUUAGAAAAGAGAUGAAUGAACAUGUCAGCAAGGAUGGGAUAUGCCCUAACAGUCCAUUAGAAUGUGAAUUUAGUGAAGCAGGUUGCCAGUUUAUUAGCAAUAGAAAUGAAAUGACAAUUCAUGUUCAAAAUGAUGUUACAUCUCAUCUUAGUCUUUUGAUGAAACAACAAUCCAAUACCAAGUCAUCACUUGCAGCCACCAAGUCAUCACUCUCAGCCACCGAGUCAUCACUUGCUGCCACCAAGUCAUUACUUUUAUCAACAAGAGCUUGUCUUGCUAAAAGGGAAUGUGAACUUGAAUUCAUUACCAAGAAGGUUGGAAUUCAAGGCACCGUUUCUAAACUUGACAUAUGUGUCUUUCAGUGGAAUAUAACCAAUUGGUUAGAUUGCAGGAAGAAAGCAGAGUUGGAUCCAUCCUAUAGGAUACAGUCAAAGCGAUUUUACACAGGACCACAAGGAUAUCGUUUAUUUCUUUUGCUUUAUCCAAUGGGUUAUGGUCGCUAUAAAGGAUCUCAUGUCUCUGUCGAUGCAUAUGUGUGUAAAGGAGAUUAUUAUGAUCAACUUCCUAAGAAACAGCACUGCAAGUUUUCAUUCACAUUAAUAGACCAACAACCUGAUGCAAUAAAUGUGGUUGUAAGACGAGAGAAAACGAUUAAACUUGUCCCUAGAGAAUUUUUUGAUGCAACCGAUGACUUCAUAACUCACGAAACAUUGAAUUCACGAUCCUACAUUCAGAAUAAUGAAAUUGUUAUUCAGUUUUGUCUUCAACUCAAUGUGUCCUAACUUCAAUGUAAACCAGACUCUUUACUAAGACUGUGCCGGAGAAGACACGAAGGAUUGAUUUUUUGCAAUGACUUGCUGUCUCAUAUGUAUGUUGUGUGUACUGUAGUGUUACAGUUUCUAGUAGUAAUGAUUUGGUAGUUACAGUAGCAAUCUGUCUUACUGCUCAUUACAGCAAAAAACAUAGUUC